GCACAAUGGUUUUAGUGAGUUUAUCACCGUCUGAAAUAUUCUUUAGUCAGGAUAGUAUUUCAAAUCACUUUGGCAACUAUACGCCACAUGGAAAUAAACUAAUUGGAGAAACAUUAGAUGAUAUUUUAUUGGGGAAGUGCAAAGUAACUGAUCUUCCAACUAUUAAAGUAGUGGAAAAAAGAGGCUUGUGGGUAACCGCUGACAACAGACGGUUAUGGGUUUUCAAGAACCUUCAAAUCCUUGGAGAAUGCGAAAAAAUUGUUGUUGAAAAUGCAAAUACACGCCGCAUUCUUGCAAGAAAAAAAUGCGUUUUAAGAAGCAUUCGAGUGAGGGGAAAUGAAGGAGGGUAUCUUUGGAGGUUCAGAAUUUCAAAUAUACAUGUAACAGAUAAAAGUGAGUGUGCAAUUAAACCAUACGCUAAAUCUUUGGACCUGGAAUCUCAAGAAGGAACAUCAUUAGAUUCAGUUUCAAAAAAAUAUCAUUUAGAAAUGGAAUGUUCAACAGAAACCAUCAGAUCUCCAAUAGCAGAGGAUGCGUUGAGCGAAAAUGAUAUUGAAUUAGUUUGGAAAUACACGGAUGAAGCUCCUUUUUCAAGUAAAAACCAAUACAAAACAACAGUUAAUUACUUCAUGAGUCUCCAAAAUGAAUGUCGAACUUCAGAGAGAGAACUUAAUUAUGUGGCUUGUUCAGACAAACAAACAUUUUUAACUCCUCAGGAAAACCACGAUACUAGCAAAGAACAGGAUAUUUGUGAUCAAGAAAAGGAUGAGUCUUGUACAUUUUCGAAUGACAUUUUUCAGAAGAAAACGUGUCCCAGUACUUUCAAACAGGACAGGUUUAUUGAAGCAAAAAACCCCCAAAGUUCUUUCAACAUUGGUCUUUAUUUUCAGGAACACAGUACUAAUGUUCCCAAGAAAUGCAAAGAUUCAAAUACGAUUCAAGCUACGGAUCAAAGUACAUCAGCAGACUCUAACAUUUUUACAAGCUUAGGAAGUUUCUGGGAAAUGUCAGGUAAAGAACUCAAUAUAGCAACCCAAUCCAGCAGCCCAGUCACUCCCAGAUUUUUAGAAAAUGAAAAUACAGCUAAAGUUUCAGAAAAAAAAUAUUUUGAAGAAAAAGAUGCAGCUUUGACUCCAGCUACUAAUAAACAUCAAAUAACACCGACAAAUUCGUACCAUGCAAUGAGUACCAAAGGAUUGUGGCAACCAUCGGAUAUAAAACUUGAGUCAGGAACCGAAUCAAACAAAUCAAUCUCUUUCAGUCCUCUGGAUAAUGAAAAUACGACUACAAGCAUAGGACAAGCUCUUCAUUAUCAAAGCAAAGAUAAAGCUGGGGUAAGAUCGAGCAAAAACAUUUCGGAAAAAACUUACGUAAAUACCACCCAACAUGAUCAAUAUUAUGGAACUGUAAAAAGCGUAAAGUCAGAAAGCAAAGAAGCUAGUUUUAGUGGAUAUACAUCAGAAAAUGAUAUUCAGUCCGAAGAAUUAAUCAGAACUCUAGCUGAACAUCCAAACCAAACGGGGAAUUCUUUUUAUACAUCUAGUCUCAGAGAUGUUUGCCGACCAUCAAGGGACAUGUAUGAGACAAAAAACCAAUCGAUCAAACCAACCUUUGUUUACCCAGCAGAGAAAAAAAUGACAAGUACAAUUGCCGAGCAUCUACAUGUAACUAGUCCUCACAAAGAAAAUAUAUCUAGUAUAACCCUACGACGCAAAAAAGAUACUGAAAUGAAUUACCCUAUCAAAGUAAACGAAGAUCAGAUCCCUGAUACCAGAUAUCAUGAUUUAAAACCCCAAUCUGCCAUCGCCUCUAGUUCUAAUCUAUUGAAGAAGAAUACUGUAGCUUUAAGCAGAGAAAAGGGCGUCUUUUCUGAGGAAAAGGAUAAAGUUGCAAGAUUCUUCCACAAAAACAAACCAGAGAAAGACUUUAUAAGUACCGUGAAACACGACAGUUACCCGAGAACUGAACAAACAGAACAACAGACGCUAGGCAGAUAUUCAAGUUAUCAGAAAUGCAAACCUGAUGCUACGAGUAAUGCAGAUUCAUCUCAAACAUUUACAGAAGAUAAAAAAACGCUUCCGCUUUCUUUUUUUCCUACGAGUGAUAAAUUAGGUUCAGAAAUCAAAUCCAUGAAAUCAACCUGGUUUUGUGCCAUAGACAAUGAAGCUACAAAUAUAAGCAAAGGCAAUCUUAUUUCUCACAGAAACGAUGCUGCUGAUUCAUAUUUGCGCGAAACAGAUUCAGAAAACUCUUGUUUAAGAAGUAUUAAGCAAGAUGAAAACGAUAGAACUGGACAAGUAGAACAGCCAUGUGACAGAAAAAACUCCAGAUAUGAGGAAUACUCUUCUGAUGAGGCACAAUCUUAUGACAUAACCUCAGCUCCAACUAAACAUCAAAUAACAAGAACAAACUCAUACCAUUUAACGAGUUCCCGAAGUUUGUGGCAACCAUCAGAAAAAACACUUGAAUUUAGAACCAAAUCUAACAAGUUAACUUCUUCUAUUCCUCUGGAUAAAGAAUAUGCGGCUAAAGGCACAGACCAAACUCGUCAUUCUCAAAGAAAGGAUACAGACGUAGGAUCCAGGAAAAACAUUUCAGAAAAAACUUACGAAAAUGCCACGAAACAAAACCAGUGCUAUGGAAAAGAAGGAAGCAAAAAAGCAGGUAGAACAGAGACUAGUUGUUGUACAUUAUCAUCUGAAAAUGGGAAUAAAUCUAGGGAAUUCACCAAAACUUCAGAAAAAGAUCAAAUCCCAUCAAUAGACUCUUAUUAUAUCCCUAGUCCAAGAACUGUCCGCCACUCAUCACGUGAGAAACAAGAGAGGGAAGUUCAAUCGAUCAAUCCAACCUUUGUUAGUCCCCCAGAGAGAAAAAAUACAAUCACAAAACAUCACACAAUUUCUGGUACUGAAGAGGUAACUGGUACAAACCUGCGCAAAAGAGAUGCUGAAAUUGAUUACCCUUAUACCGAAAAAGAGGAUCAGAUCGCUGAAACCAGAUAUCAUCAUUUGAAACCCCAAUCUAACAACAAUUCUGGUUCUAGUCUCUUGAAGAAAAAUACUGUAGCUACAAGCAAAGAGAAGUGUCCUACCUAUGAUGAAAGGGAUACAGCUGCUGGAUAUUCGCGCAAAAGCACAUCAAAGAAAGAUUGUGUAAGUACCAUGAAACACGACAGUUAUCCGAGAACUGGACAAACAGAACAACAGUCUCUAGGCAGAUAUUCAAGUUAUCAGAAAUGCGAAUCUGAUGCUUCGAGUAAUGCAGAUUCAUCUCAAGCAUUUCGAGAAAAUAAAAAACCGCUUCCGCUUUCUUUUUUUCCUACGAGUGAUGAAUUAGGUUCAGAAAUCAAAUCCAUGGAAUCAACCUCGUUUUGUGCCAUAGACAAUGAAGCUACAAAUAUAAGCAAAGGCAAUCUUAUUUCUUACAGAAACGAUGCUGCUGAUUCAUAUUUACGCGAAACAGAUUCAGAAAACUCUUGUUUAAGAAGUAUUAAGCAAGAUGAAAACGAUGGAACUGGACAAGUAGAACAGCCAUGUGACAGAAAAAACUCCAGAUAUGAGGAAUACUCUUCUGAGGAGGCACAAUCUUAUGACAUAACCUCAGCUCCAACUAAACAUCAAAUAACAAGAACAAACUCAUACCAUUUAACGAGUUCCCGAAGUUUGUGGCAACCAUCAGAUAGAACACUUGAAUUUAGAACCAAAUCUAACAAGUUAACUUCUCCUAUUCCUCUGGAUAAAGAAUAUGCGGCUAAAGGCACAGACCAAACUCGUCAUUCUCAAAGAAAGGAUACAGACGUAGGAUCCAGGAAAAACAUUUCAGAAAAACCUGACGAAAAUGACACCAAACAAAACCAAUGCUAUGGAAAAGAAAGAAGCGAAAAGACACAUAGAACAGAGACUAUUUGUUGUACAUUAUCAUCUGAAAAUGGGAAUAAAUCUAGGGAAUUCACCAAAACUUCAGAAAAAGAUCAAAUCCCAUCAAUGGACUCUUAUUAUAUCCCUAGUCCAAGAACUGUCCGCCACUCAUCACGUGAGAAACAAGAGAGGAAAAUUCAAUCGAUCAAUCCAACCUUUGUUAGUCCCCCAGAGAGAAAAAAUACAAUCACAAAACAUCAUACAAUUUCUGGUACUGAAGAGGUAAUUUGUACAAACCUGCGCAAGAAAGACGCUGAAAUGGAUAACCCUUACACCGAAAAAGAGGAUCAGAUCGCUGAAACCAGAUAUCAUCAUUUGAAACCCCAAUCUGACAACAAUUCUGGUUCUAGUCUCUUGAAGAAAAAUACUGUAGCUACAAGCAAAGAGAAGUGUCCUACAUAUGAUGAAAGGGAUACAGCUGCUGGAUAUUCGUGCAAAAGCACAUCAAAGAAAGAUUGUAUAAGUACCAUGAAACACGACAGUUAUCCGAGAACUGGACAAACAGAACAACAGUCUCUAGGCAGAUAUUCAAGUUAUCAGAAAUGCAAACCUGAUGCUACGAGUAAUGCGGAUUCAUCUCAAACAUUUCGAGAAAAUAAAAAACCGCUUCCGCUUUCUUUUUUUCCUACUAGUGAUGAAUUAGGUUCAGAAAUCAAAUCCAUGGAAUCAACCUCGUUUUGUGCCAUAGACAAUGAAGAUACCAAUAAGCUUAAGGGCAAAGGCAAUCUUAUUUCUCACAGAAACGAUGCUGCUGAUUCAUAUUUGCGCGAAACAGAUUCAGAAAACUCUUGUUUAAGAAGUAUUAAGCAAGAUGAAAACGAUGGAACUGGACAAGUAGAACAGCCAUGUGACAGAAAAAACUCCAGAUAUGAGGACUACUCUUCUGAGGAGGCACAAUCUUAUGGCAUAACCUCAGCUCCAACUAAACAUCAAAUAACAAGAACAAACUCAUACUAUUUAACGAGUUCCCGAAGUUUGUGGCAACCAUCAGAUAGAACACUUGAAUUUAGAACCAAAUCUAACAAGUUAACUUCUUCUAUUCCUCUGGAUAAAGAAUAUGCGGCUAAAGGCACAGACCAAACUCGUCAUUCUCAAAGAAAGGAUACAGACGUAGGAUCCAGGAAAAACAUUUCAGAAAAAACUGACAAAUAUGCCACCAAACAAAACCAAUGCUAUGGAAAAGAAGGAAGCAAAAAAGCAGGUAGAACAGAGACUAGUUGUUGUACAUUAUCAUCUGAAAAUGGGAAUAAAUCUAGGGAAUUCACCAAAACUUCAGAAAAAGAUCAAAUCCCAUCAAUAGACCCUUAUUAUAUCCCUAGUCGAAGAACUGUCCGCCACUCAUCACGUGAGAAACAAGAGAGGGAAAUUCAAUCAAUCAAACCAACCUUUGUUAGUCUCCCAGAGAGAAAAAAUACAAUCACAAAACAUCAUACAAUUCCUGGUACUGAAGAGUACGUUUCAGGGUCUGUAACUGGUACAAACCUGCACAAAAAGGAUACUGAAAUGGAAUACCCUUAUACCGAAAAAGAGGAUCAGAUCGCUGAAACCAGAUAUCAUCAUUUGAAACCCCAAUCUGACAACAAUUCUGGUUCUAGUCUCUUGAAGAAAAAUACUGUAGCUACAAGCAAAGAGAAGUGUCCUACAUAUGAUGAAAGGGAUACAGCUGCUGGAUAUUCGCGCAAAAGCACAUCAAAGAAAGAUUGUAUAAGUACCAUGAAACACGACAGUUAUCCGAGUACUGGACAAACAGAACAACAGUCUCUAGGCAGAUAUUCAAGUUAUCGGAAAUGCGAAUCUGAUGUUAGGAGUAACGCCGAUUCAUCUCCAACAUUUACAAAAGAUCAGAAAAUGCUUUCACCUUCUUUUAAUCUUACAAGUGACUUUCUUUCUGCCAAUCUAAUGAGAUGA